AUGAGCGAAGUCAACGUUGACAGCAUGGGGGACAGGAAUGACAUUUAUUCUCAAAUAUUUGGUGUAGAGAGGAGGCAAGAUUCCUUCGUAACAUUUGAUGAUAAUUCGCAUGGCGACAUAAGUCCUCAACUGCUGCCUAAUCGAAUCGAAGAUAUACAGGACCUGAACGUUCUUAUUUCUGAGGACAUCGCCAAUGACAUCAUUAUCGCAAAACAGAAGAGGAGUCCGGCAUCUCAAGCCGCCAUUAACGAUUCUAAUGUAGCCAGUAAUGAUAUGAAGGGAGAAGGCUCGAAUUACAUUCUAUCGCAGAAAACAAGUAUUAAGGAGGUUCCAGACACACAAAGUUUAUCAAGUGCUGAUAAUACACCUGUAAGUAGUCCAAAAAAAGUAAGAGACUCCCCACCUUCCCCCCCGAUUGUUCACGCUAAAUCAAUGUCCCAUAUUUAUACAACGAGUGCCGGUAGACAAGCCAAGAAUCAUAAUGACCAUCCUUUGCCUCCAAUGUCUCCGAGAAACGAGGUUUAUCAGAAAAAUAAAAGUGCUACCGCUUCCGUGCCCAAGAGGAAGCCUUCACUCCCGCAAUUAGCACUUGCUGGUCUAAAGAAACAAACCAGUUUCUCAACCGGAAGUGCUUCCACUACUCCUACACAGGCUAGAAAAUCGCCCUUGCAAGGGUUUGGUUUCUUUUCCAGACCAAGUUCUAAAGACUUACACGAACAACAACUGCACCAACAUCAACAGCAUAUUCAGCAUAAUAAUAAAAAUAACACUAAUAAUAAUGGUGCUCAUCAUUCAGUGGGCAAUAACAACAAUAAUUAUCCUCAACAUUCGCAUUCUCUAUCAUCUAGAUCGAUGUCACUAAACUCUUCUACUCUCAAAAAUAUUGCAUCAUCUUUUCAGUCGAAAACUUCCAACGGUAGAAAAGUCUCUCAAAAAUAUGACAUGACUGCCAAUCCAUUUGCAGAAUCUCAUCAUAAUCAUCACUCUUCGAACAGUUAUAGUAACCUCAAUAACGUCCACGGUUCCCUAAAUUCCCCAAGUACCAUGGGCAGCUCUUCGACCAUUGGUCUGGGCCUCAAAACAAGAGUUUCUUCGACUUCAUUAGCUUCAAAAAGAUACACUUCCGUUUCGGGAACCUCUUUAGCAUCCCCGCGCAGAAGCAGCAUGGCACACUUGUCGUUAUCUAGACCUAUCAUGAGCGCUUCUACAAAGAAACCUCAGGUAUAUCCAGCUCUUUUGUCAAGAGUAGCCACAAAAUUCAAAAGCUCUAUACAACUUGCAGAACAUAAAAAGGAUGGGCUGGUCUAUCGUGACGCAUUUACAGGACAACAGGCCGUUGAUGUCAUUUGUGCCAUUAUUAGAACUUCUGACAGAAACCUGGCGUUGUUAUUCGGUAGAUCACUAGAUGCACAAAAACUGUUCCAUGACGUUGUAUAUGAGCAUAGAUUAAGAGAUUCUCCACAUGAGGUUUACGAAUUCACAGAUAACUCAAGGUUCACAGGGACCGGUUCCACAAACGCUCAUGAUCCGCUGAUGCUAUUACCAAAUACAUCAUCUUUUAGUUACGGUAAUAAUCCUUACCCAGGCUCUGGGAUGGUUCCAUCAAGUUCAACUUCGUCUUUGAAUAGCGAUCAGGCAAUUUUGACGGGCUCGAGACUGCAUAUGAGUGGCUCAAUAUCACAACAAAAGAAUCCUGCAGCUAUCCAUAAUGUCAAUGGUGUGUUCACACUACUGGCAGAAUGCUAUUCUCCCACAUGUACAAGAGAUGCCUUAUGUUAUUCUAUUUCAUGUCCAAGACGUCUUGAACAACAAGCAAGGUUAAACUUGAAACCAAAUGGAGGGUUAAAACGUAACAUCUCAAUGGCUUUGGACGACGAUGAUGAAGAAAAACCAUCUUGGACAAGUUCAGUAUCCAAAGAAGAGUGGGAAGGCCUACCCAAGAAAGAGAUAAAAAGACAAGAAGCUAUUUAUGAGGUUUAUAUUACAGAGAAGAACUUUGUCAAAUCGUUAGAAAUUACCAGAGAUACAUUCAUGAAAACACUGGCUGAAACUAAUAUUAUCACCGCAGAUAUACGAAAAAAUUUUAUCAAGCAUGUCUUUGCACAUAUAAAUGAUAUUUAUUCUGUGAAUAGACGAUUUUUGAAGGCUUUGACAGAUAGGCAAAAAAGUUCGCCAGUUGUAAGAGGAAUUGGUGACAUUGUUUUAAGGUUUAUUCCAUUUUUUGAACCAUUUGUUUCAUAUGUCGCUUCAAGACCUUAUGCUAAAUAUCUAAUCGAAACUCAAAGAUCGGUUAAUCCUUAUUUUGCCAGAUUUGAUGACGAUAUGAUGAGUUCAUCGUUAAGACAUGGUAUUGAUUCGUUCUUAUCUCAGGGUGUUUCAAGGCCAGGUAGAUAUAUGCUAUUAGUCAGGGAAAUCAUGAAAUCCACCGACCCUGAAAAGGACAAAGGGGAUUAUGAAGACUUGAGUAAAGCCAUGGAUGCACUAAAAGACUUCAUGAAAAGAAUUGAUCAAGCAAGUGGUGCUGCGCAAGAUAGACAUGACGUGAAAUUAUUGAAGCAGAAGAUCCUCUUCAAAAAUGAGUACGUUAAUUUAGGUUUAAAUGAUGAAAAGAGGAAAAUUAAACAUGAAGGUAUAUUAUCAAGGAAGGAAUUAUCGAAAUCUGAUGGAGCUGUUAUUGGUGAUAUUCAAUUUUAUCUCCUAGACAACAUGCUGUUAUUCCUGAAGGCCAAAGCAGUUAAUAAAUGGCACCAACAUAAGGUUUUCCAAAGGCCCAUUCCAUUACCAUUAUUAUUUGCAUGUCCAGGCGAAGAUAUGCCUGCGUUGAGAAAGUAUAUUGGAGAUCAUCCAGACUGUUCGGGAACAGUGAUCCUAUCAGAAUACAAUACAAAUAACCCUAAAAAUGCAAUAACUUUCUUAUACUACGGUGCGAAGCAAAGGUAUCAGGUCACCCUCUACGCUGCGCAAUACGCUGGGCUGCAGACGCUUUUAGAGAAAAUCAAACAAGAGCAAGCAGCCAUAAUAAGUAAGACAGAAAUGUUCAACGUAACGAAAAUGAGUGAUAGGUUCUUUGACUACACAAACAAGAUCAACAGUGUCACUUCCUGUGACGGUGGUAGGAAGCUUUUAAUUGCGACUAACUCAGGGUUAUAUAUGAGUAAUAUUAAAAGACAGCAGAAUAAAGAUCAUAGACAUAAAAGUUCUGCUUUUUUUUCAACUCCAAUUCAACUAGUGCAAAGAAAUAAUAUCACUCAAAUUGCAGUAUUGGAAGAAUUCAAAUCAAUCAUCCUUCUCAUUGAUAAAAAAUUAUACAGUUGCCCGCUAUCGUUAAUUGAAGCUGAAGACAAUGGGACAUCCUUCUUCAAGAAACAUCACAAGGAAUUGAUUAAUCACGUGAGUUUUUUCGCGGAGGGAGACUGUAAUGGUAAGAGAUUGAUCGUGACUGCGCAUAGUUCAUCGCAUUCGAUCAAAUAUUUUGAGCAUGAACAUCCAUUAUUGGCUGAAAAAAAUAGUGGUAGUAGCGGUAAUAAGAAAAGCCUCAAGAAGAAAAUUACCGAGGUUAUUUUCGACUCUGAACCGGUUUCUAUCUCAUUUCUUAAGGCAAACUUAUGCAUUGGCUGUAAAAAGGGUUUCCAAAUUGUUAGUAUUUCGCAGAAUGCUCAUGAAUCCUUGUUAGAUCCUGCCGAUACAUCAUUGGAGUUUGCGUUAAGAGAUACUUUGAAACCAAUGGCAAUUUACCGUGUGGGGAACAUGUUUCUGUUGUGUUAUACAGAAUUUGCCUUUUUUGUCAAUAACCAAGGUUGGAGGAAGAAAGAAUCGCAUAUUAUUCAUUGGGAGGGGGAGCCUCAAAAAUUCGCGAUUUGGUACCCGUAUAUCUUGGCUUUCGACAGCAAUUUCAUUGAAAUAAGAAAGAUCGAGACCGGCGAACUAGUCCGUUGUGUCCUUGCUGAUAAGAUUCGGCUUUUACAAACAAGUACACAAGAAAUUCUGUACUGUUACGAGGAUUACCGAGGAUACGAUACGGUUGCAUCGUUAGACUUCUGGGGUUAA